AUGAGCACGAGCAGCAUCAACAAGUUGGGUACUUGUCUGAUGGUAGCCAGAACAGUAACAAGAGAAGAAGGGAAGCUUCUCCUGCCGUUGAGAGCAAUAUCAAAGCUAAACCUGUAGCUGGUAAUCCUCUACGGAUACGGUUUGUUUUCAAGAAACCAAAAGAAGCUGAGGUUGUGCCUGUUCCUCAGGAGGAUCGUGCUUGCUCCACUUCCCAGGCUGAGAGACCCAGCGAAAUACCAAGUGCUGUCUCAUGUCAUGUUGAGAAGCUGCUCUCAACUUCUCUUGAGAGUGAAAAGUUUGUAGUCCCUUCUGAAUCAACGAAGCGGAAGAAACAUAAGACUAGCAAAGAGUCUCGGUACAAUUCAUUGUUUGAUGAAUUGGUUCCUCCUCCCUGCAUUUCGAUGGAGGAAGAUAACAGCAGUUGCGAUGAUUGGCUUUUUGGUACAAGGCGGCAAGAGAAUGCUUAUUCCAAAGCUUCUAUCAGUAAAGAUGAAGAAAGGACCAUGAGCUUGCAGAAUUCAGGAGAUUACUUGUUGCCUAGGGCUCGGUUUUUGUCUGAGGUUGGCAUUUUUUCAUUACCAUACACAGUCCCGUUCUAG